GUCAAAUGGUGAUGUUUUUUUUGUUUCUUCACCAUUCCACACAUUUGUAUAUCAUCCCUAAACCAGAGUAUCUUUAAGAACAUAUUCAUUUAUGCUGGUAACGCACUAGUAUAACAAAAGAAUUAUCGCAAUGAAACUGUUCGCUGCAUCAGCGAUCGCCUUGACCUUGGUGGGCAGCUCACAGGCAUGGUGGGACGUUGGACAUAAACUUGUCGCCGCAGUGGCUACUUCGCAUAUGAAGAAUGCUCACUCUAUCGAGCAAGUCAAUAAUGUUCUGUCCUACAUGGACACUCUCUACAAUGACGAAGUCACCGAGUGGGAGAUGGGUAAUUACGCCGCCCAGGGCAGUUCUCGCCCGAAACAAGAAAGCACAACGCUCGUUCAGGCUGCCACCUGGGCGGAUGUAGCCAAGAGUUUCUAUAACAUGCAGAUUUUCGGCAUCUGGCACUACGUGAAUAUCAGAUACGACCCCGACAAUCUUAACUGUGACACGAGUGUGGAUGUCGACGCAAAGACACAGAUGUUGCAACUCAGUUCAGAUAUCCCUGACACAUACAAUGGACGCCAAACAGCCCAUUGGUACGCGCACUUCGGCCUCAACUUCUUAGUACAUAUGAUCGGAGAUGUGCAUCAGCCAUACCAUGCCGUGGCACGUUGCAUGAUGUAUGAUGGUGAGGUUGCCAGUGAUUUUGGAGGCAACCGAUGGACCUUCAUCACACCUGCCAAUGAAUCCACUAACCUGCAUUCCUGGUGGGACAGUGGACAAACUCUAUGGGGCAAUGAUUUGCAGGCUGAAAUCGAGGCGAGUGAUCCCGAAUACACAGAAUUUGCCGCCGCUUUGAUCGCGAAGUAUCCGAUUACUAAGCUUGCCGAGAUGGGCUAUGACACGGAUUUGGCGCGAGAGGAAGAUCGCACGCGCAUGGAGGAGUCCAUCGAUAUCUGGUUGAAUGAGAGUUUCAACCUUGGGGUCGAUUCGUACGACGCAGCACCGUUGAACGGAAUGAUGGAGCAGUCAUAUGCCGACGAGGCCCAUCUCAUCGCGGAGUCCCGUGUGGUCAUAGGAGGAAUGCGUCUGGCUGCUGUGUUAGACGGUAUCUUCGCUGAGACCAACUUCCCGGCGUUCGAUAUCAGUUCGACAUCUACUGAAGACGCGGCAUCGGUUAAGAGUGAAGCUGAUGCGGCGGAGAGUGACGGUGGUGGUGUAAGCACUGGAGCGCUAGUUGGUGGAAUCAUAGGUGGAGUUGUCGUAGGUGCCAUUAUCGGUGCUGUGGCCGUUAAGAUGAUUGGUGGAUCGAAGAGUAGUAGUGCCAACGCAAACACCGAAGAGUCCCGUGUAGAACUAAGUUGAGUGAAUUGAAGAAAAAAAUAGGUCGCGCAGUGUUCGAUUGGAAUGCU